UCUGCUUCAGCCCUGAACAAGAGCUUCAGUCAGCAGGACGCUGCAUCCUUUGUGAUCGACCUUAAACUAGCCUCCAUCAGUUGGUGCAGAGUGCAAAGAUGGCAAUUCUGCAACCUCUGCAAUUCAUGUGGUGCUUCGACAGCAUAGAUCUCCUAUCCUCAAGUGAACUGUGGACUUGCAUGCCAGUAAAGUCACAAACCCUGUGAUGAAAUAGUUUGGGGAAGUAUAAGAAGAGAACUGCAAAAAUAAAACAACAAAGGUAACAAUUUUAUAUUCAUAGCAGCAGUGUGGAUGUGGUGGGAAGGCACCACACAGACACCACUCAAAGGGUUUGAAACCACAUCCUUAGUCACGCCACUGAUGAUGAUGACGCUUUCGCGCUGAACAUGUCAUGAACAUUGUUCCACUCAACAGUCUCACACAGGCAUCAGCGCGUUGGGGACUCUGUUAGCUCGUUGACUGAUCAAGUGGCUGCAUUUUGAAUUUAAAAAAGUUUCAGGUGCUGUGUUUCCUCCUGUCUACCCAGUGGCUGAUAAUAGUGGGUUGUCCCCAUGGCUCUGAAGCCUGCAUUCUUAUUGUUGCUGUGGGGCCUCACUUUGUUUGUUCACGAUGUCACACCUUUUUGCAAUGUCAUCUGCUCGACGGACUACAAUGUUUCACUGAACUGUUCUUGCUCAGGCUCUGUGCCGACAUAUCCUGUCUCCAUCAAAGUGACAUGCAGAGAUGAAGACCUUGUGGUUACUGGCAGCUGUGAAGUCAAGCCUCCUCAAUCCUGGUGCGUCAUGUAUCCAGAAGACCUUUAUAUGAUUGCAGGCUUUGGAACCAGGUGUACUUCAUCAGCCAGUCAAGGUGAUCAAGUGAUAAUGAAUACCAAUGAGUCAUCUAGUUGGGCCCUGACUGAUGUUGUGAAACCUCUGCCCCCUUUCGAUGUUCAAGUGACAAACACUCUUGAGUUCUACAACAUCACUUGGGACCACAACAACAAAGAAGACUGUCUCACAUACACAGUGCGCUUAAGAGAAAGCAAAGACUUGUCGAAGGAUCCAGUUGACUCUUUUUCAAUGAUAGAAGAGAAGUACAUUCUGUUAGACCAUAAGAAGCUGCAACCACAUGUCAACUAUACUGUGGAUGUUAAGGCCAGAAUGUGUCCUGGGGUUCUCUAUGAAGGUCCAUGGAGCGAGUGGAGUUCCACUGAACAAUGGAGGACUACAGGAACUGAUGAAUAUUGGUGGUACUUCCUCCUGCCCAUCGUUCUUGUCCCUGUUCUCCUGUUGCUGUGUUUUUCACAAAAACCGUAUUGGCAGAAAAAACUCCAGGUUAUCACAUACGUCCCCACACCAAAUGAGUUUUUCAAGCCCCUCUACCACAACUAUGGAGGGAACUUCAAGGAGUGGGUGAAGCCUGCAUUCAGUGAGUAUGAUUACCUAAGGAUCAACCCACAAGUUCAGAUGAAAAGUGAGAAGCAGCACGAUGUCCUCCAAUGGAACAAUGAGAAACAAAGCUGCAAGGAGGACAGUGAGAUGAAACAAGAUGGCAAUUUCCUCCAUAUGCUGCAGCCUCACAGCAACUCGUUGGUGUUCUUUCAGGAUGGUGGCAGUUCACAGGGCACCAGUCACUCCACCGGACAUAUCUCUAUCCAUACUGUGACCCUGUCUGGAGAAGAAGAGUUUGAGGAGGAAGUCGUGUCACAGAGCUCUGUUAACACCCUCAGAGGUUACCAAGAUGGAGAAAGCUUUGGUUCAUUUGGAGAAGACAACAGAGAACAUGCUGGCUAUGAUUUACAGGAACCUCAGAUGUCCAGGUUGGAUAGACAAAGUGGGGUAUUACCACAUCAUGAAAACCAAAUAUCUAUUGACUUAUCAGUGGAAAAUAUAAACUUUCAGCCACGUGUCCAGCUUAAUGAACCAGAGAGGGUAUCUCUUGACUCAUUCGUCUCAAACGAGCAGUCGGAAGAUGGGUAUCCUCAUGUAGACUUGGACACCAUUGACAGUGGUUUUGGAGAGUGCAGCAGCCCAGGAGCCUCAGACUCAAACAUAGCAGAGCAGAUAGACUCUGAUUUAUUUUGUGAGCACAGAAGCUCAAAUUCUAACUAUGUAAAGCAGUGGAUGGUAUGUAGCACUAUUCAAGAAGACUCCAGCUCUUCAGAGAACGAACUUCACGAAACACAGUGAUUAUUAUUGCUGAUUUACUGCCACAUCUGCAUGUUGUAGUGCUAUGGGACAUAUUUAACUGAUGGACAUUAUUGUGGACAUUUCAAGAAAACAGACUUUAAUUAAAAGUAAACUGGAAGUCCUCAGCAUACAAUCCUGUACGUUCUUUUCACCUUGAAUUGUUUUAGUUGUGCACUUUCUACUGUGUAUAUAGUCAUGUUUCUUUGUUUUUAAAACACUUGUCAUUGUGUUAUUGGCUUUUUCUUUCUUUAAAUUUACUAAUAGAUCAUAAUGAAGUCUAAGUAUGUUUCACAGUGUAUACAGCUUCAUAUUGUCAUGGUCAUGCAUGCUUCAUUAGCUUGUACUGCAGCACCAGCAAGCAAGCGGCCUUAUCAACAUCUGAUAAUGUUUGUUUUCCUUGUACAUGCAUUUUGUCAGAAACCACUGCAACCUCCAUCCUGUUUUUUGCAAUGUCAGUAAAAAGAGCAAACUUGGAGAAAAUGCAAUCUGUAAACAGAGAUGAUUAUUUCUGUGGCCUUGACCUAAUUCUUCGGAGGGAAGUGGAGAAACAUCCCAGACUAGCUUUGACAAUCUAUUCUUUCACCUCGAGUUAUAUAGAGAAUAUAUGCAGAGUAAAUUUGUUAUCCUUUGACAAAUGGCAUGUUUCACAUUUACACAGUUACUGUACUUGAUGGGUUUUGCUUUUCUGAGCCAAUGUUGCGUAUUUUUCCUGCCCCAAGCAAAUGUAUUUAUGAUAUAAAAUCAGGAUAUUUGAAGAUGUUUGAAGGUACAUAUUUGGUGAACAUCAUUGAUUGAUCAUAUAUAGUGUGUCUGAUGGUGGAUUUUCCCUACUGAAAGGGCUCCUGGUGGUAGCUGUAGUGGGAGGGAGAAGUCCGGUUAAUUUACUUUCCAGAUCAAGAGUUUCCCUGAAAGCUGAGGGUCCCGCAGUAUUUGUUUUUAAAGUCUUUUUCUUCCCAAUACACCUACCGGUACCUGUUUUCCAUAAGCUUCUGACGCAAUGAAUGAUUUUUCACCAAAUAAAUAAAAUCUACAUUCACAUAGAGUGCAGUCUGUAAGUACAGAAUGUUGAUGUUUUUCAUCAAUGACCCUUUAAUGGAGCGAAGCUUGCGAGCUAGUUCAGGCAGGUCAACUCGAGCAGCGCUGAUUACACACAUGACAUGCCUUAUUCCAUAAUCCCUAACCAAGCGCUCCCUCCCAAUCUGGCGGUCUAUUUAAACUGCACAAUUUCCCAGGUCUCCCUCUGCUCUCUCAGUGCCGCUGUUGCCUUGCAUCCAUAUUAUUGCUGCUGCUGCUGCUGCUGCUGCAUAACCUAUUGCUUCCUGUUGCACUGUAAGCCCCACCACCACCCCAGCAUCCACCUGUAGGCUCCGACUGGGAGCCUACAGAGGUAUUUGCGCAUCACUCCCCAAUAUCUCAUGUGAACAUAUCUGCGGGGAGUGAUGAGGUCGGAGCCUAGACGCCAAAAUGUAAUAUGCUAUACUGUUUAAUAAACAUUCCACGUGA